AUGCCAAGUAUUUUGCUGAGGUUUUUUCUUCUUUACAACCUCCUACACCAAUUUCUCCUGUGUCUGGUCCCUAAGAAGGUGCGAGCCUUCCUCCCCCUUUCCCCUUCUUGGUUCCAAUUCACCGCCACCACCACACCACCACCACUAAAUUCUUCUUCUUCAAAGGCCAUCACAAGAAUAUCACUUUCAAUGGACCCAAACGAGCUGAAGCGCGUGUUUCAGAUGUUCGACCGCAAUGGAGACGGUCGAAUCACGAAGAAAGAGCUGAGCGACUCGUUGGAGAAUCUGGGCAUUUUGAUCCCCGACAAGGAUCUCAGCCUCAUGAUCGAGAGAAUAGACGUAAACGGAGAUGGGUGUGUGGACAUCGACGAGUUCGGGGAGCUCUACCAGAACAUCAUGGACGAGCGUGAUCAGGAAGACGACAUGCGAGAGGCCUUCAACGUCUUCGACCAGAACGGUGAUGGCUUCAUCACGGUGGAAGAGUUGAGGACCGUCUUAAACUCGCUAGGGUUGAAGCAGGGAAGAACGGUCGAGGAUUGCAAGAAGAUGAUCAUGAAGGUUGACGUUGAUGGAGAUGGGAUGGUCGAUUACAAAGAGUUCAAGCAAAUGAUGAAAGGGGGUGGCUUCAGUGCUCUCACUUGA